AUGCCUCUUUGGAUAAUCUACCACCCACGCUCGACCUUCAAGUCCGAAGACGAGAAAGCGACUCUGGCGAAAGACAUCACGAAAAUCUACACAGCCGUCCCACUCCCGGCCUUUUACGUGAACGUGCUUUUCGUCCCCCUCGACGCAACCAGCAUCUACGUUGGCGGCGUCGCCCGUCCUUCAUCCCACACCGCUGCCAACGGCCCGGGUCAAGACUCGAACGUGCCUUUCAUCAGAGUCACCAUUCAGAACAUCGCACGCAAGAUCUCCGACCUCAAGCUAAUCCCGCAAAGCCGAUCCGACGAAGUCCGUGACAGGUUCCUGAAGAGGGUCGAUGAAGCCCUCAAGCCGCAUAUUGCGGAUAAAGGAUACGACUGGGAGUAUAGCAUCGAGGAGACGAGUCGUGAUCUGUGGAAGAUACAGGGGUUCGUGCCGCCGAUGCCGGGGAGCGAGGCGGAGUCGGAGUGGGCGAAAAACAAUAGGGCGACGGAGUUCGAUCCUGUAAAGGGUAAUCUCUAA